AUGGGAAAUGAAAAGAACAAGGAAAUAAUCCGAUGUGAAUUAGAGAACUAUGUCGCAGAGGAAAUGAAAAAUGCCUCUCCAAGCACAAGACAGAUGGAUGCAAUCCAAAAAAUGGUUUCGCUGCCAGAAAAGAAUUUUGAAGACUUGGUUUCGGAUAUUGUAAAUGAGAUGCGGAGGAGAAGCAGCGUUCCAUUUAUUUCCCCUGAGACUCCUAUGCAAUAUAAACUCUCCAGAAUCCAUGAAGAUGGAUUUAAAAGUCUUGUUCUAGACCUUUUGCUGGUGAUGAACCAAAGAUCCCCAGAGGAUAAAUGUUCUUCGGAAAAUGUUCAUGGAUUAAUCGACAGCCUUGAUAAGCUCAUAUCUUCACUUAAAGAGGACAUGAUGAAUGAAGAAAAGAUGGCCAAAGACAUAUGUUCCUCUUGUGACGUUUCAGAAAAGUUCAUGAUGUUCAUUGAAUACAGCCGCAAUGUUUUUGAGCGAAAUGGAGAGGAUACUAAGGUUCAUGAACAUAUGGUGAAAGAGGCUAAAGAAUAUUUUGAGAUCCAGACAGCUGAUGGGCCUGAUCUAAUGAUUAGUGUAGAUAUGCUUCUGAAAAAAUGUGAUAAACUGAAGUAUAGCAACCUUCCUGAAUACAAGUAUCAUAGAAACAAUAUCCAAAGGCUAAAAGUUAUGGAUUUGGAAGAGAGUGUGAAGAAAAGGCUGAUCCGGGAUGAAGUGGUGCAAGUGUAUUCCAUUUUUGUGAUGGAGAGCACUAAUCUGAGAGGAGCGAGAGAAAAGCAGCUUGAAUGCAAGGUCAAUAGUCUUGUCGACGUUCUAUGUAAGAUUAAAAAUGAUGCCGAAGAAGGAAGGGAGAUAGCUGCCUAUGAAUAUCUCGAAGACGUGGCCAGUUCCAGUGGGGAUAUCCUUGAACUUGUUGAAAAUAUGGAUCUAGAGAGUAAGGCUUAUUUAAGCCAGCUGAAGAUGAAAGUAGCUGCUUUGGAGCAAAUACAUAAUAGAAGUAGUGACGAGGAGCCACUCCCGGCCAUGUUCUCAACGAUAGAGGCUGUGAAGAAAGUAUUGGAAGAUGUUUGCAGAAUUCAAGGAAAUUCUUAG